AUGGAUUUGUUUGAAAAUAAAACAACUGCAGUAGCACAGCAGUCUGUUGGAGGAAAUUUUGAUUGUACCGAAGUCCAAGAUAUUUCAAAUAACCAUUAUACAGUUCUAUCUGCGCCUACAACGGCUACAUCGACGUCUAAAAACGGCUCAAAAGAAAGACCAUCGCCAUUGGAACAUAAGAAAUAUGGUAGUAUAACUUAUAAGCCAAUGGAAUGGACGAUUGAAACCUUAUUAGAUUUAAUACACACCACCAACGAUGGUAGAUACAUUUUAGCCGAUGCUGAACAAAAUAAUGGGUCCCUAUCUGAUGAUUCGCAAAAUUUGCUUACACAACUUUUGAUCAAUCAUCUGUUUCAAGACAAGAGCAAAGGAACUGAUCUAUUUUUUAGAAAAAUUUCCAAUUUAAUCGUUGAAGUAUUUCCUAAGGAGCAAAAGAGCAUUUACUUUAUACCAGCCAAAACAGAAGGUGCACAUCAAUCACAUGCUAAAGGAAAAUUAAUCGAACGAUGGAAAAAUGUGGCUAGACGACUACGAUCAGUUGGUGUCUUAUCUGUUGUAAAAAAAUAUUGCAACAUUCCAGAACAGACAAUUUUAUUUUCUGAAGAUAUAUAUGCUGCCAAGCAAAGGUUGGCAAAUGAUGGAUUAACUGCUAGUUUUGAAGUUGUUUUAUCUAAGUGGCAAUAUACAUUGGAGUUAAGAAAAAAUGAAAUUUUGAAUCCCAACAGUCUGUGUUUGUCAGACAUUUUUGAAUCGUGGCCUGUUCUUCAAGGUCCAAGAGGAUUUGAAUUGAUUAUUAAAGAUUUUGAAUUAUGCUACUCAAACACUUAUUCAGAACAAUUUAAAGAUUGGAAUUGUUUCUUGAAUUGUUGGGAUAUUUUUACUGCUAAGCUUUUGCAAAUUAGGAAAAAUUCUGUCAAAGACAAAUAUGCCCGUAAUCUCUUAUCAGUACUAGAUUUGGCUGUACUAAAUGGAAAUGUAAAAACAACAAAUGCUUUGAAAUUACUUUUGAUUCCGUAUUUAAUUCCAACCAAAACACUUAUUUGUAAUACAACCCUAAACAAUAAAAGUAAAUCUUGGAAGCCAUCUUUAUUAGAAUCUGCUUCAGCAUUUUCUUAUUUUUGUACGAAUCUCAUUGGACUUCAAGAAGACAUUGAGAAAAGGCUUUCAAGGUACAGUCAACAAGGAGCCACUAUACAACCUUACAUUACCAUUGUUGGGAAAGAUUAUAACUCAAUUGAUACAUGUUAUAUUAGGGUAAAUCAAAAGUUAUGGUUGUUUGACUGUCCUGUUAAAGCUUUGGAGGUUUGUUUUAAAUCUUAUUUUGUUUUCAAUUGUUCCUAUCCCAAGGAGUGUUAUGACCCUUGGAUAGUGAUUCAACAAGAGUUGUUUAAACUUGUAACUGCUUACGAUAGAUCAACUGCAACUACAACUUCAGUUAUUAGUAAGCUACAAUCAUUAUAG